GUAUAUUUACUUUUGGCACAUAACCUUCACCGCUCACAGCUGAUGUAGACAACAAUCGUACGCGACGAUUAAGAGUAAAAGAAGAAGCUAAGACGAGCAAGUUUUGUGUUUCAAAUUUUCUUCUUUGUUUGAAUCUCAUUUGUGUGUGUGUGUGUGUGUAACUAACACGGCGUCAUCAUGACCGACGUUGCUUUGACGAGCGAACAGAAAAAGUUCUUGGAAGAGUGCGAGGAGGAGUUUAAAGAUCGUUACACGGAGAAGGACGACGCUUUUAUGAAGAUCAAGCUGCAAGAAUCGACGAAGCCACCGAUCGUCAAUCCUUGGUACACCAAACACAGCAGACCGGAGUGGUCACACAGAGAUCAAAGUUACGACAGACGUAAUCGUCAUUGGGAUCGACGUAACAUUGAGAGACGCGAAAGGAACGAGAGGAUUGAACGACACGGCGGCAAACACUUCAUGCAUCAUCGGCAAAGAAUGUAUUGAUACAUAAGUGAUGUGACACAGUAAAUCAUCAUUUUCUUAACACGUAUAAAGUUUAUCCUCAAAGAUUUAUAUUUUAUAACAUCAAUAUCAUACUCUUAUAACAUCAGUACUCUCUUAUGUAAGUCCUAUUUUUUAUACAUUAUUUCGUUUAAUUACUAAACUAUAUAUAGUCGUAUAAUUCAUUAUCAAACUAUAGUCUCGUAUGUGUGUGUACAUAUACAAAUUUUCCUUACGUGCUAAAAAGUAUAAUAAUAACAUUUGUGCAAUUUA